AUGGAAAUACAUACGCUGACAGGCAGAUUAACCAUCCAUGCUGAGUGCCCCAUGCAUCUGGAAGAUUUUCCGAUGGACGCCCAUGCCUGCCCACUGAAGUUCGGAAGCUAUGCCUACACCAACAACGAGGUUGUCUACAUCUGGACAGCGGAUGAUGAGAAAUCUGUUUCUGUGGCUCCUGAUGGCUCUAGACUCAACCAGUAUGACCUGUUGGGCCACGUCAUUGGCAAAGAGACGAUCAGCUCCAGUACAGGAGAAUAUGUAGUGAUGACAACAUAUUUCCACUUGAAAAGGAAAAUUGGCUAUUUCGUGAUCCAGACGUAUCUCCCCUGCAUAAUGACCGUCAUUCUCUCUCAGGUCUCCUUCUGGCUGAACCGGGAGUCUGUGCCAGCACGCACCGUCUUUGGUGUCACAACUGUCCUGACUAUGACCACGCUGAGUAUAAGUGCCCGGAACUCGCUUCCCAAGGUGGCCUAUGCAACAGCCAUGGACUGGUUUAUGGCAGUGUGCUAUGCCUUUGUCUUCUCUGCUCUCAUUGAGUUUGCCACCGUCAACUACUUCACAAAGCGCAGCUGGGCCUGGGAUGGCCAGAAGGAGGCCCAGGAGAUGCGGAGGCGAGAGUCGUCAUCUUUUUCCAAGAAGACCAACAACACUUUCAACAUUGUGGGAACCUACAGCAUGGGCGUUGCCAAAGAUCCCGGAUUGACAACCAUCUCCAAGAGUGCGACAUCCACAUCCACAUCCACCCCGUCACAGUCGGCCCGAGACAUCCGACUACCCAAAAUGGAUGGUGAAUAUGUUCCGGAAGGUGGAAAAAAGUCAUACAAUCGCGUCAGCAAAGUGGACAAGAUCUCUCGUAUCAUCUUUCCAGUGCUCUUCUUCAUCUUCAACCUGGGUUACUGGGCCACGUAUGUCAACAGAAAGCCGACCAUUAACCGGUCCAGCCCACAGAAAUGAACAUGGCGACUGCCAAAAGAGAAAAACUGCCAGUCGACCAUGCUACUGUUUUCGUUUUCCAAAAUUCCCAUCAUCCCCCCCCUUACAUCUUGUAGUAGUGCCAAACAGCCACAUAGACACACAACCCUGGUCAGUAGUUUUCCUAAUUUUUAUCCGACAUUUCCUGUGUUGCAUGAUGCAAAGUAUGAAUAAUUAAUAUCAUGACUUUAUAAAUGGAUGAUCAUUACUAAACCCUCCCUCACUUCACACGCUGUCUAUCAUCAGGAAGAAAACUUCAGUCAUUUGGCUGUCGGUCGCCAUGACAAGUAUACCCGUAGCCUUUCAGCAGCCAGUAGUGAUGUCUGUAGGCGCAUCAUUAUUAACCAUCUGUCCUUUGACACUCCGCAGACCCAGAGUAAUAUCAUCUAGAGUUGCGUUCUCAUCCCCAUGGGUCGAUAUCUGUGCAUUUACCUGUCCAGUGACUCUAUUGUUUAAACAGCCUGAGCAGGCUCCAAGAUAAAGAAACUGUGUGCCUUUUUAAUCACUCGCCAUAGAGAUGAAUAGUUUGGCACAUGCUGACAUUGUCUUCAAGCUUAUG